AUGGGUUGUGCAGCCAGUAAGAGUCAUGAGGUAGCUAACUGCAAAGAGAGGUUGAAAUGCAAAAUUAAAACAUGUUCAGGAACACAUCCCUCAUGCCUUCACAAGGAACUAACACAAGACAAUGUUGCCAUCUCAAAUUGUAUGAGUGUAUGUCUGAUUCCUGAACAAAACGGUGGAUUUGAUCACACCAUGAUAGUACCAGUGUGGGUCAGGCCAGUGGGAGAGCCAGAGAAGGAAAUCUUGCAGUAUGCAGUCCUUGACGAUCAUUCAAAUGUCAGUUUUGUGUCUGAGACUCUUUGUGAACGGUUCAAUCUGCAAGGCCUAUCAACCGAGCUUCUGUUGACAACAAUGCAGCAGCAAAAUGCCUGUAUUAAAACUAAAAAGAUAUCUGGGCUA